GCGCAGCCUCCGGUCCGGCGAGCCCUCGGGCCCCGGAGGCGCGGCCAUGGCUGAGCUCAAGUCGCUGUCGGGGGACGCGUACCUGGCUCUGAGCCACGGCUACGCGGCGGCGGCGGCGGGCCUCGCCUACGGGGCGGCCCGGGGCCCCGAGGCGACCCGCGGCUACGGCACGCCGGGCCCGGGCGGCGACCUCCCCGCAACGCCCGCGCCCCGCGCCCCGGCCGCGGCGGCCGAGAGCAGCGGCGAGCAGAGCGGCGACGAGGACGACGCCUUCGAGCCGCGGCGGCGGCGGCGCGGGCCUGGGGGCGCGGCGGACGGGCGGCGGCGGCCCCGGGAGCAGCGCUCGCUGCGGCUGAGCAUCAACGCGCGAGAGCGGCGGCGCAUGCACGACCUGAACGACGCUCUGGACGGGCUGCGCGCCGUCAUCCCCUACGCGCACAGCCCGUCGGUGCGCAAGCUCUCCAAGAUCGCCACGCUGCUGCUCGCCAAGAACUACAUCCUCAUGCAGGCGCAGGCCCUGGACGAGAUGCGGCGCCUCGUGGCCUACCUCAACCAGGGCCAGGGCCUGGCCGCGCCCGUGGCCGCCGCCCCCUUGACGCACUUCGGCCAGGCCGCCGUGUUCCCCUUCUCUGCCGGCGCCGCGCUGCCCUGCCCGGACAAGUGCGCCGCCUUCUCCGGGACUCCCUCGGCGCUUUGCAAGCACUUUAACGAGAAGCCGUAAGGGCCCCGAGCCGCCCCCUUCCGCCGCACGCCCCCCAUUUCCCCUGCCGCCCAGACUGUGUCACCCCGCCCCUACCGGAUCCCGCCCGGGGGAGAAGGCGGCCCGACCUCGCUCCAGCCCUUGCGCCACGAACAGUCGGGCUCGCGGGAAAGGCAAAGCCCAUCCGGGCGCUGGAUUGAACGGGAGAGCUGGCCUCUGGAAUCUAGCCGCGGAGCCCGCAGCGCCUACCCGGCACCCUCCCGCCUCCCCCAGCCAUCGACCUUGAGGACGGCAUGGGGGUGACCAACCGUGGUCUCAUCUGGGCACCGCCGCUCACCCUCAGAAAGAAAACCAGGGCGGCAGUGGGAGCGGGGACCGGCACACCCUGGCACGGAUGUGCCUCCCCAGAGCCGCCCAGGGACUCGCGAAGCCCAGGGACAGAGCGGAGCCCUGCUUGGCGAGUUGUGGCCCCCUUGUUGGGCCGCUGGCGACGGCUGCUCUUGCCAAACCCCAAGGUAGCCGUCUGCUUGGCCGUGUUCCUGGGGUCGAGCCUCAGCGCCUCACUCGGUUUCUCCCGCCUCUGCCUGCUCCACGGCCCCAGCGCCGCAGCAGCGGAGAGCUCCUGGAUGCGCCCAGACCUGGCGCCGCAACUGUCGUUUGCAAAGGAGCUGGACCUUGGAGACAAGACCCUGGGCCGGUAGCUUUUCGGCUUUCCCAAGUCUGUUACGUUUAUUUUCCUGCCUGCCUGGAGGUGUCUGCCUCUGGGGAGGGCGUGGGCUUGGAGCAGAUGCUACCGCCUGGUGCCUCCAAGUCUGCAUAAUGUGUCCCCUCAACAGCCCAGGGACCCCCAGCCACUGCUGCCCCCACAGGGCGUUCCUGCCGCGGCACCAGUGGAGCUGGUGGAGCUGGAUGGAGACCAGUGCGUGCCCUCUGCUUAAAGGCGGCUGCCCCGAGGCGAGGCCCUGGGGUGUCAGGGGACGGCUUGGUCUGGCUCCGGUGACCACCCGAGCCUCCUCCCCACCAACCCCGCGUGUUUCCGGGACAGGAGACCAGGCCGAGCGUGUUCUGCCCUCAGCGUCUGCCUCAGUUCAGAACAGCCCUGUUUCAAGCGCUCAAUGGGGCUCGUGGCCAGUGGGGCUCGUGGCCGCCACGGUCACGGCAAAGGAACAGCACAGUGACAGCGGGUCCUCCGCGCUCCCACCGAGGGGUGGUCUGGAGCCAACAGAGCCUCUUCUCCUACCGACCCCGCCAACGAGGGGCUCGGCCGCGCUGGCUGCUCGUUGCUUGAGCAACUCACAGACCAAGACUCCUUCACGCUCAGGUUACGAGCCCGCGAGGCCUGGGGGCUCCGUCGCGGGCUCCGUGGGCCAGAAGAGGCGAGCUGCCCCGCCGGGGUCCUGCGCCCGCUUUUGUUCAGUGACCGGCGUGGCCGACGUGGCCAGCGUGGCCCCAGUGCUUCUGGCUUCUGGCGGCGCCCGCGAUUCUUUAUGUCCACAGAGCUUUCUCUUCCUCCUUAGGAGACCCACGCAUCUAAAACGGCACCCUGGUCUCCGGCGACAGGUAAGGGCGUCUAGCCUCCGAGGCAGAGCCCUGCCCACGCCUGGCUCUGCCCCCAGGGCCCGGGAGGACGGCCACGCCAUGGCCGCCCAGCCCACGCGGGGUCAUGACAGACCCUCACGGCCCAGGCACGUGGCUUCUGCCGCUGCUUUUUGUUGAUUUCGUCCCAAAGAUGGGGUUUCCUGUUCACUCACACAGAUGUCCCAGGGUCCUGAGGGAGCCUUCUCGACCUUACGAGCGAGUGCAGACACUUGCUUUGCCAAAUUCGCCUGUCUGUUGCCUUGCAGGUUGGGGACGCUCUAAGAGGAGGCCCUGCCUCGUGGGGACAGACGCUGCUCUCCUAAAGCAAUGGGGAGACGCACCGGCCACCACUCCAGCUGGCACGGCAGGCCUUGCGCCUCCCUCAGCCGUCUGAGAAAACUCCCACCGAAGCCUCGGAGCAGAGGCUCCUGGGCCCUGGUUAAUCCAGCAGAGUGAUUACAGCAAUUUUAUCAUGUGAAUUCGCUUGUGAUAUGUUUUAGUCUUUAAUCGCUUUUGGCGUCCCAUUGAAAGGGAUAGAAACAGAGGGAUUUACAAAGUAUUAAAUCAUUUCUCUAACAAUUACCUCUCCAGGCUCAUAACUCUGGACGUAAUAUUCCAGCUCCCCAGCCGAAGUCCGUUCUGGAAAAUUAGGAAGUGCGUACACAUGUGCAGGUUUAACCCCAAAGGAACAAAGCCCACGUGACCGUAGCUGCAGAAAGACGGAAAUAAUUAGCGGAGUUACCUUCGAUCCAGCGUCGCCCCGGUUUUACAAGGGCUGUGUGUUUCCCUGUCUGAAAGUGCCUGAGGCUCAUGUAUUCCCGUGAGGGUGUAAGAGCUUUUUUUGCGGCUCCCUGUGCGGGAAGACGGCCGGAAUCACCGUGAGGUUAAGGUGAGGGUAGCCUUGUGAAAUGCACGCAUGCCAGGGGUCCCUGAAUGGACGGCCGUUUCUCUUCCGUGGCCGGCCCUGGGGAGCCACCCGGCUGUUGCCUGGUCGGGACACAAAGACAAGCUGCCUGUGGCUCCAGGCACCUGUUUCCUGGGGACGCAGCCCUCCGAAUGCAGCGCAGAGCCCAGCCUGGGCCUGGCCGAUGGCCUCUGUCCCCCACGACCCUCGAGGCCUCCUGGGUGCCAGCCAGCACGGGGGAGCCACCGGGGCUGCACGCGGUCCUAGCUCGAGGCUGCGCAGGGAGCGCUCUCCUGCCCGCUGAAAACGGCCCGGGCUCCCCGCCAGCCUGCCUUCGCCUCCAAGCUCCGUUUUGUCUCCGCGAUGAGUCCACAGUCAGUUGCUCUCCUGGGGGCCCUGAUUGGGCCUGACGGGAGCCCCGUUUCCGGGUUCCACGUGGCCAGCCCUGGCUGCCCUAAUGAGGCCCAGGCCAGCCGGGGAAUCUGCCUUCAAACCUGAGACGCAGUCGGCCCCGUGAGGCUCUCCGAUGGCCACAAGGCAACUGACAGGAGGUGUUUUUGUCGCUUGCCUCACUCUGCAGCCGGCUGGCUCGCGGCACCAGAGCUGUGUCCGCGGCCCUCCCAGCUCUGCCCUGCCUUUGAGGAUUAAAGUCCCGCAGCUCCUGCACGCAGACGGAGCUGGCAGACACCAGGGCUCGUGAGUCAGGGUCUCGAGGUCGGGCCCAGCCUGCAUCUGCCCAGGGAUCCGACGGGAAUCAGCCAGCUGGAGAGGGCUCACGCGACCAGGCCCACGUCACCACCAAGCAGGCAGGAGCCAGGUCCCCUCCACCAAAGGAUGGAAGGUUUGCGCAGAGCAGCCUGGACACCGCCCACGGGCCACAAGCUGGUCAGGAGCCAGCUGACCCCUGUGGCGCAGACACGCCUGCGGGUUUUAGCAAGAGGACUCGGAAACCCCACCGUCCGUGGGUCGCGUCCGGACUGCGGGUCGGGGGAGCUGCGUCUCAGCAUCUGGGCGUGAAGACCCUCUUCCCCUCCGGCACCUCCCUGACCAGCGAUGCCAGCGUCCCCCGGUUCUCCCCCGCUGAGGAUCCUGGGAAGGCAGAGUCUUCCCUUCAGACAGCAGACGCACACGCGCGCGCACACAGGAGGGUGUUUAUUUUAUAUUCAGGAGUCUGGAUGUCCACGAGAAAGGAAAGCCUUUCACCUGCUGCCAGGACUUGACAGUGACUGCCCUUCGCCCGCCCUUCGGCGUCUCCUCCGGGCUGUGGGGUCAGCAGGAGGCUCUCUGUCGGCUCUGCCGCCACCUUCGUGACUGGGGCUGCUGGAUGGCAUGGAGAACGCCGUCCAGGAACAGAGGACGCCGCUGCCAGGCCGCGGCUCACACAUCCGGCUCACUCUUCCUCUCAGUGGACAACAAGCUGGAACAGCUGUUUCCUCGGCCUGAGUGUCGUCUGCACUCGCACACGUGUGCACGCAUGUGUGUGCACACGCAUCCUGCAUGUGUGUGUGUGCGUGCAUGAGAGCGUGUAGUGGAAAGUCACGCAGUAAACCGUCCCAUCCCCUGCCAAGGCCACAUCGCGCCUGCGGGGAUGGGGGUUGCACUGCCAGCGGCUAUCCUGGAUGGUGGGGGGGGCGCUGGGCGCAGCAGUCACGGAGCCUGAGAGGGGUGGUCUCCAGCUGGCUUCAGGGGACAGUCUCACUGUGGCCACAGUCGGGAGUGACUCUACAGAGAGGCGUCAAGAACCAUGCGGAGGGGGCAUCCCUCGGGCUGCCGUCCCUUCCAGGUCACCCAGCCUGGCCUCAGCGCUGGGCCCUCCCCACUUAACCCGUGGCCCAUCCCGGUUUCCGCAGAGCAGAGGGAGGCCCUCUUCCUCCUCGUCCAGGGCCUGGCGAGGCAGCGGGGGCACCAGGGGGCUGAGCUGAGGUCCCAACGCAUGGCUUCGCCCGUCCCCCAGCCCCUGCGCCCAGCAGCUUCGGGGCUCCAUGUCUGUGACAACAAAGGGCGCUUUGCUGAAGGGCACGGUCCCCUCGGGCCCCCUGAAGAGGCCGCAGGUGGAGGAGACAGGGGGCGGCCCUCCCAGAGGGGGCGUCCUCCCGUCCCUCUGCCCAUUGCGGUGUCCGCGUUCCUCGUGUUGCGACACCGGACUCACCUUCUCGACCACUUUCAAGUGCGAUUCAGCAGCGUCAGGUGCGUUCAGAUGUCGCGCAGCCACCUGUUUCCAGGGCUGUGUUACUGCCCACGACUGGAUUAUUCCAAACCAGGCCCGUCGGUGAGAAAUUUACACGCAGUAAGAUGCACCCCUUUGAUGCCGCCCCUCGGAUGCUGGGAACGGGUGUGAGUCACGGCCGGUCAGGACAGAGAAUCUGGCCGUCAACCCGGAAAGCCCUCUUGCUCACCUGCUGCCGCUUUCUGGCCCGCAGGGUCGCUUUUGCCAGAGCGUUGUCUACGGAGCUCACGGGGUGUGAGUUUUGGGGCCUGCCCUCUGUCGCUCAGCGUGACCUCAGAGGCCACCGUCUGGGAAGUGGGGAGGUGAGCUCAGUGGCCGUAGGAGGAGCCUCCUAACCCCCAGCCUCAUCCCCCCACCGAGGGCUGCGGGCCGUCGUCAGCGAGAUCCCACUGUGCCCACCGUGGCGCUUUGAGCGUCAGGGGCCGUCUGGAUUUUACAGAAGGAUCCCCGCCCCGCGUGAGCCUCUGUGACGGAGAGAGACUUUGAGGGAUGAAGGGAGCAGCGCAACCGCGGUCUUUAGGGGAAGGUCUCCAAGGAUGGCCCUGCCAGCAAUCCCGGGCAGCCCCGGACGAGGCCAGAAUCCACGGCGCCCUGGAUGCCAGUCGCCCCGACGGGGUGAGGGGCGGUGAGGGUUGGGGAAGGAGUUGCAGAGGCAGCCAGGCCAGGAAAGCCGAGGGAGUGAGAGGACAUUGCCGCUGAGCUGCCCCGAUGGCCGCUCGCCUCCAGGGAGGGGCCGGACCGCGUGGGUGUGCGGUGGGCGCCCUUAGGCCCGGAUGGACGGAGAUGGCCGCGGGGACCGGGCGCCGGGCGGCAGGUACCCCAUGAUAUCACUGUUGCAUGAGCUCGGCACCCCGGGCGGUCGCUAAGCUGCCUGUCAGUUAGCGUUAACCAGGAGACACGCAGCCCCUUGCUGGGAACCACGGAAGAUAAAGCAGAGACAGAGGACUCUGGUGAGGAAGCAGGAAUCGCUUCUGCCAGGGAGAAGGGACCCCGGCCGGGGGACAAGUGGCCAGAGGAGACACGUCCCGCAGCCAUUGUCUCCACAAACUGGGAAGGCGGCCAAGGGCUUUCUGCUGGUGUGCUUGUUUGAUGGAGAAAACGUAUGAAGUCUCUAACAGGCAAAGUGAGGUUAACGGGCCGUCAGGUCGGGGUAAACGGCGCGACCACCCGGGACAAGGGCCCCCAGCACGCCGCCUGCGUUGUCCCGCUCGGACCCCUGCGUGCCCAGGCCAGAGCCGUCAGCGGGAAGCUAUCUUCACAAACAGGAGGCAUUUAUAACCCCCUGGUGGCAGCUCAAUUAUUGGCUCGGCGGCGAGCAGACAUCAUGGAUGAGGCUGUGAUUGAAUUUCCUCCUGUAACGACCCUAAGUAAAUCUUUGCAAUUUUCA